AUGAAGGAAAAGGUCGACAAAGAACUUGACCGUCUCCUUGCAGAAGGAAUAAUAGAACCAGUACAACACUCGGAGUGGGCCACUCCGAUAGUCCCUGUACUCAAGUCAGAUCAAACAGUGAGACUCUGUGGAGACUACAAAGUCACAGUGAACCAAGCAUGCAAGCCAGACCCAUACCCAAUUCCAAGGAUCGAAGAUCUGUACGCAAAACUUUCUGGAGGAAAAUCGUUCACAAAGAUAGACCUCCGUGACGCCUUGCUCCAGCUUCCUAUCGACGAGAAGUCGAAGGACUACACAACCAUAAACACCCAUAGAGGGUUGUUCAGAUUCAACAGAUUGCCUUUUGGAAUUUCAUCCUCACCGGGCAUAUUCCAGCGCUGCAUAGACAAUCUCUUACAGAACAUUCCUAUGACUGGUGGUUACCAGGAUGAUAUCAUCAUCUCAGGUCAGGAUGAUACCAAACACAUGGAGAACCUCACCACUGUGUUGGAGAAACUUUUAACAGCAGGCUUCCUGUUUGGAGAAAAGAGAGGCAUUUCGGCUAUGUCUUCUCCGCGUAUCCAGAGGUGGGCAAUAACCCUGUCUGCCUACAGCUACUCCUUCGUCUACACUCCAGGAAAGGAUCUUGGUCAUGCGGAUGCCAUGAGUAGGUUACCACUACACAAUGCUCCUUCCUCGGUUCCCACUCCUCCAGAAACGUUGAAUCUACUAGAAUUCUUGGAUUCAACGCCAGUGACUGCCACAGUCAUAGCUGCAUGGACGAACCACGAUCCACUGCUUUCACGGGUGAGAAGAUUCACCAACAGUGGAUGGCCAUCAUCAGUGAAUGACGAUUCGAUGAGACAGUUCUUCUCACGACGAAAUGAACUGAGUUCACACGGUGGCGUGAUACUUUGGGGACAACGUGUUGUUGUACCUGAACAAGGUCGCGUACAGAUACUUGAACUGUUACAUGAGGGACAUCCAGGAAUGGUGAAAAUGAAGAUGUUUUCACGCCACUAUGUAUGGUGGCCAGGUAUGGAUCAGGAAAUUGAAGGGAAGGUGAAGACCUGCGACACAUGUCAGGUGAAUGGGAAAGCCACCCCUCCGGUGAACAUUCAUCCGUGGGAGUAUCCCAGUGGCCUCUGGCAACGACUGCACAUCGAUUAUGCCGGUCAUCUGAUGGGAAAGAUGUAUCUAGUUAUAGUAGAUGCUCAUUCCAAAUGGAUUGACGUACACGUAUCAAACUCAGCAACAUCCGCAGCAACCAUUCAGAAGCGUCAAGAAAGUUUCGCAAUCUUUGGCCUCCCAAAGACUGUAGUAUCAGACAAUGGCACAUGUUUUUCCAGUACUGAGUUCAAGAUGUUCAUGGACAAAAACGGAAUCGAACACAUCUUCACCCCUACAUACCAUCCAGGAUCAAAUGGCCUUGUAGAGAGAUCGGUUCAGACCCUGAAAGAGGGAAUCAAGAAAAUGAACGGCGGUAUAGUAGAUUCGAAGUGGUCAGAGGUGGAUCCCGGGAACUGUGCUGAAAAAAUAGUCAGUUCCAUCUGUGAUGUUCAUCUGGCUGAUGGUCGCGAGGUACGGCGACACAUGGAUCACAUGAAACAACGCUUUGAAGCACCAGAGCACAGAUCUGAAGUGAUUCCGGAGACAGUCACUCCUACUCGACAGCUGGACAACAUGCAGGCAACUCCAACCAGCAUUCCAACAACGCAGGAUGAGGUGCCGACGACUAACUAUGGCACUACAGUAAAGGUGACACAGUCAUCGGACAAAUCAGAGACUGUCAUUCUGCGGCGCUCUUGUCGAGCCCCUCAAGCUCCUGUGCGACUUGACUUGUAG